AUGGGAGACAACAAAGACCAGGAUUUCUUUUCCCACAAAAACCCGACUACCUCUCAGGUGGUGGAAGAGAUGAAGGAGCUAUGGAGCAUGGCCGUACCCAUCACAGCUACGAACAUUUUAGUGUUUGUGAGGGCUGUAGUUUCUGUUCUCUUCUUGGGUAGGCUUGGAAGUUUAGAGCUAGCAGGUGGUGCACUUUCCAUAGGCUUUACCAACAUAACAGGGUACUCUGUUCUUGUGGGUCUUGCAGCAGGUCUAGAACCUGUAUGCAGCCAAGCCUAUGGUAGCAAAAACUGGGACCUCCUCUCUCUAUCUCUUCAGCGCAUGGUCUUCAUCCUCCUGAUGGCAAUCAUCCCCAUCAGUCUUCUCUGGCUGAACCUUGAAAGGAUUAUGCUGUUCAUGGGCCAGGACAGUGCCAUCACAGGAAUGGCAUCACUCUAUUGUUUCUACUCUCUCCCUGACCUUUUAACGAACACUUUGCUCCAACCAUUAAGGGUUUUUUUAAGGUCUCAAAAGGUGACCACACCUAUGAUGUAUUGUUCCCUUGUAGCAGUGUUGUUUCAUGUGCCACUGAACUACUUGUUGGUGGUGGUGAUGGGGCUGGGGGUGCCAGGGGUGGCCAUGGCUUCUGUGCUGACCAAUAUGAACAUGGUUGUGCUUAUGGCAGGGUAUGUGUGUGUGUACAGGAAGAGGGAAGUAGUGUUGAAGUGGGGAUGCGGAGGGGGAGUGGUGGCUGGGAUGUGUUCUGGGUUGGGGAAGUUGAUGGGGUUUGCUGUACCUAGUUGCCUUAUGAUAUGUUUAGAGUGGUGGUGGUACGAGAUUGUGACUGUGCUGGCUGGGUACUUGCCACGUCCAACACUGGCUGUGGCUGCCACUGGUAUUCUGAUUCAGACAACCAGCAUGAUGUACACUGUACCCAUGGCACUUGCGGGGUGUGUUUCUGCUAGGGUAGGGAAUGAGCUUGGAGCUGGGAAACCAUACAAAGCAAAACUAGCUGCAAUGGUUGCCCUAGGAUGUGCAUUUGUGAUAGGCUUUAUCAAUGUGACAUGGACUGUGAUAUUGGGUCAAAGAUGGGCUGGGCUUUUCACCAAUGAUGAGCCAGUCAAAGCCUUGGUUGCCUCAGUGAUGCCAAUUAUGGGCCUGUGUGAGCUUGGGAACUGCCCACAGACAACAGGAUGUGGGAUCCUGCGGGGCACGGCCCGGCCUGGUGUGGGGGCCCAUAUAAAUCUGGGCUCAUUCUACUUUGUGGGCACUCCAGUGGCGGUGGGUCUGGCAUUUUGGUUCAAGAUUGGGUUCAGUGGGCUUUGGUUUGGGCUUCUGUCGGCCCAGGUGGCAUGUGCAGUGUCAAUCCUGUAUGUUGUGUUGAUGAAGACAGAUUGGGAAGCUGAGGCACUGAAAGCUGAAAAGCUCACAAGGGUGGAAAUGGGGAGUUGCAAUGGACUUAGGAGUAAGGAGAAUGAGAAAGAGGAGGAAAUGAAAGGGUUGUUGAUGAAUGGUAAGGGGAACAACGAAGAUGACAUUUGCUAA